UCAUCAGUGGUCCCGCCGGUACGGUUGGCUGUGUACCGGCUCUUACUUUCACCUCUGCCUUUGUUUCUUUCUGUUGCAGCUAGUUAGGGACCUCCUGUGUAGGAACAAGAUGGAAUGGCAUCAGCUGGUGGGAGUCCAGGGAAGAGGUUAACACAGUAAUUCCUUUUCCUUUAACUGGAGCCUCCACCUUACAAAAAAUGUAUUCUCUGAUCCGUCUCCUGUGUAGCUCUGUCCCAUAGCCAACUGGCCUCCCAGUUGAGGCUGUUUACAUCCCACAGAUCUUUCUCCUAGACCUGUGGUCCCCAACGCAGUGCCUGCUGGCGCCAUGCCGCCCGCCAGGACACUUUUGUACACCCGCAGGACACCACGCCACCGACAUGCUGCUGCCGAGCACGGCCAUCAGAGAACCGCCCGCCGAAAUGCUGCUGAGAAGCAUUGCCGUUUCUCAGCAGCGUUUCAGCGGCAGCAUUCAUUGCCGCUGCCGCUUCUUGGCAGUUCUUUUCGCAGCCAGUUCUUUGGCAGCUGCGCGCGGCGGCGGCAUUUUGGUGGCGGGGUGUCCGGCGCCUGCCCACAGUCUUCUGGGAAUAGCAGUAAGCUAUUCCCACAGAAAGGACAAUGGUCCCCAACCUAUACUUUUCAGUGUAGAACUACACUUAAAGUCAUUGGCAAUUUGUAAAUUUUAUUAACUUAAAGUAAAAAAUAUUUUCUAACAGCCUGAUCUGCAAACUCAACCAGGUGUCUGAAAGUUUGGCCUGUGCAUACAGUUUGUACAGGACACAUUAUGUCCUCAUUUGCACCUAUUUCACAGGAAGGCAGAAUUUGAAUGAGGGCAAAACUUGGACACGGUUGGCCUUGCAAUUGGAGGUUAAUUAAUCUUGCUGCUGAUACACAAGCCAGGAAAGAAUAUGACAUUGAUAUAGCUAUGCUGUGUCUGCAGUUAUAAGGAUAAUGAGCAGAGUAAGGUUUUAUUAAAAUAAGCAGGUAUGACUGAGUGUAGAACAGUUGUUUAGAGGAGUAGAAAAAUAUCUUAAACUUGUUUUUAUUUGGUAGUUAACAGGAGAGCUGGUGUGGCAGGGAUCUACGUCAUCUGAUGAGCUGGAUUGUACUUGCCAAACAUUGCAGUGUAUGUCUACGUUGGGGGGAAAAUAAAACCCAGGGCAGCGAGUCUCAGAACCUGGGUCUACAGACUCAAGCUUGUGUUACGGUGCUAAAAAUAGCAGUGCAGACAGUCCCGUUAGGCUCUGAGGCCCAGCCUGCUUGCCGGAUAUCGGAGCCUGAUCUCUGGCUUGAGCGGGAACAUCUACACUGCUGUUUUUAGUGCUGUAGACCCAGGCUCUGAGAUUUGGUGCUGCAAGGGUUUAUUUGCAGUGUAGACGUACCCUCUCAGGCUUCAAGACUGCAGAGAGCUCUGGCCCCAGUCAGUGUUUGUAUGUAUUCAGAUAUUAAUAGACUGUUGAAACCAAAUGUUUCCUCUUUUCUUAUUCAGCUAGACCACUUAUGUCCUGUGCUGCUGAUCUACCCUCUCUUCCAACAUACCAGUUAUCUUCAAAGCUGGAUAACUGAUUAUUAAUUCCAGUAAAUAUUUCUCAGCAACUUACAAACUCCAGCUGAUGACAGGUGGUAUUCUCCCAGCACGACUUUAACAUUGCUUUCUGUUAGUCUCCAGCUGAGAUGCUUGAGCCUCCACUUCAAAGCCUCAGAUUGGCAUUGCUUGAUAAUUUAGAUGUGCAUGCACAAUCAGAAUAGUAUUUCAAACUUUGACAUGGUAAAGCUAAUAAACACGCUCAUCUCAAUUAUUAUAUUGGGGUGUAGAAUUUAACCCCAGUUAUGUUUUUAUAUAUAAAAACUUCAAAUAUGAAAAGUGUUCAUAACACAACUUUUAAAGAGAUUACUAUGUAAAACACGGUAAUGUUAUAAUACUGAAUAGAUUUUUGAUUAGUUGUGUGCAUGGCUUUUACAGAAAAUAUAAUGGUCAUAUUGAAAAUAAACCCCUAACCAUUCCUAAGGAUAUUGAUCUUCAUCUGGAAACAAAGUCAGUUACUGAAGUGGACACUUUAGAUGAGGUCUCUGAAUGGAAUUCAUGUGUUAGCCCUGUGUACUUUGUGUUACAAUAAUCCGAUCCAGAAGUGAAAAAGGCCUGGAUAAAUUACUAAGUACAGAAGAGCAAAAGCACUGUUUUGCCACUGCUGCUAUUUGGAUAUCUUAGAUCUGCCUGGACAUCAAGAAGCAGCAGUUCAUUACAUUAUUUUCCUGAAUAUCAGUGGUUGGUGGAUUUCACAGUUGCAGCUACAGUGGUGUACUUGGUAACUGAAGCCUACUACAGUUUGAUGAAGCCCUCACAGGAAAUGAAUAUCAGCAUAGUCUGGUGUCUGCUUGUUUUGGCUUUUGCCAUCAAGACACUGUUCUCAUUGACUACUCACUACUUCAAAGUAGAAGAUGGUGGUGAAAGAUCUCUCUGUGUCACCUUUGGCUUUUUUUUCUUUGUCAAAGCCAUGGCAAUCCUUAUUGUAACUGAAAAUUAUCUAGAAUUUGGACUUGAAUCAGGGUUUUCAAAUUUUUCAGAAAGUGCUGUGCAGUUUCUUGAAAAGCAAGGUUUGGAAUCCCAGGGUCCUGUGUCUAAACUAACCUUCAAAUUGUUCCUGGCUGUUCUUUGUUCACUUAUUGGUGCUUUUUUGACAUUCCCUGGCUUACGACUGGCUCAAAUGCAUCUGGAUGCUCUGAAUUUAGCAACAGGAAAAAUAACACAAAUAUUGCUGCAUAUAAACUUCUUGGCACCUUUACUUAUGGUCUUAUUGUGGGUAAAACCAAUCACCAAGGACUACAUUAUGAACCCACCUCUGGGAAAAGAGAGCGUGCCUUUAAUGUCAGAAGCAACAUUUGAUACGGUACGAUUGUGGAUAAUUAUCCUGUUGUGCGCUUUACGGUUGGCCAUGAUGCGCAAACACCUGCAAGCCUACCUUAAUUUAGCACAGAAAUGUGUGGAUCAGAUGAAAAAGGAGGCUGGCAGAAUAAGUACAGUUGAUCUGCAGAAAAUGGUGGCCCGAGUAUUUUAUUACCUUUGUGUAAUUGCAUUGCAGUAUGUGGCACCUCUGGUAAUGCUGCUUCAUGCAACUCUGCUUUUGAAAACGUUAGGUAAUUAUUCCUGGGGCAUCUAUCCAGAAUCUAGCUCUGACUUUCCAGUGAAGAACAGACCAUUCCCCAGUUCAGUUUACUCUGAGUCUCCAUCUGCUGAUGGAAAGAUGAAGGUAACUGUAGUACAAAUAACAAUGGCAUUGGGCAGCCUAAAGAACAUUUUCACUCCUCUCCUAUUCCGAGGACUUCUGUCUUUUCUCACCUGGUGGAUUGCUGCUUGCCUCUUCUCCACAAGCCUUUUUGGGCUUUUCUAUCACCAGUAUCUGACUGUGGCAUGAAUAAUCAGCUCACAAAAGAAAUAUAUUUAACUUCUCGGUUCAAACCCAUGUACCCCAGAGGGGCUGAAGAAAAAAUGAAAGAAUGCAUACGUGAAGAAAAAACACAUAUCAAGUUUUAUUCUUAAAUGCUUCCUCUGUAUUCUCAGGGUGAAUAUUAUGUUUAAAAUCACAAGUGGGUUUAACUUUUGUUACCGAAUGGUAGAUAACUAACUGCUGAA